CGCUGCACUCCAAUGGACAACCGCAAAUCAGUCCUUAUCACCGGGUGUUCGCCCGGUGGCAUCGGCCACUCGCUAGCUCUAGAGUUCCAGCGGCAUGGCCUUAGGGUCUUCGCGACCGCGAGAAACAAAACUACUAUCGCAGAUUUGACCGAUCGAGGAAUUGAGACGUUGAGUCUGGAGGUCGACCAGGAGAGAAGCGUACUAGCUUGCCGCGACGAGGUGGCUUCGCUGCUGGGACCAGAUAAGGGACUGGAUUAUCUUGUCAAUAAUGCUGGCCAGAAUUAUACCGUUCCGGCCCUAGAUGCGGAUAUCAAUGAGGCGCGACAGGUUUUCGAAACGAACUUUUUCGGCGUCAUAAUGAUGUGCCAGGCUUUUGUCCCUCUUCUCAUAAAAGCCCAAGGCACAAUCGUGCAGAUUGGCUCGCUUGCAGGGAUAAUACCUUAUGUCUUCGGCUCUGUAUACAAUGCUUCUAAAGCAGCCCUGCAUUCCUUCAGUGACACUCUGAGAGCAGAAUUGGCGCCACUCGGCGUCCACGUAACAACCAUCAUCACCGGUGGCGUAAAAUCCCGCAUAGCGCGCGUUGAACGAACCCUCUUACCCACCUCCCUCUACCAGCCCAUUCGCAACGACUAUGCGCGGCGCGUCACCCACAGCCAACACGGCGCUAUGCCCAACGAAGCUUAUGCCAAAACCGUUGUCACACAGAUAUUGUAUGGCUCAGCGCCCUGGAGAUGGAUAUGGCCCUGGAGCAGAGGGCCGGGACGGAAGAAGUGGAUUUGGGCUGGAAACAAAGCAAACUUGGUGUGGUUCCUGAGCGCUGGAUGGGCCUGGGUAGGACUAUUUCAGUGGGCGCUAAGUCGGAUGUUUAACUUGGGAAAGUUGAGGAAGGCCUUCUUGGAGGAAAAGAAAAAGGCGAAGAAAACAUAGAGCGACGACUUUGCAAACAUGAGCAGUGUCAGAGAAAAGUGGCACCCAUAAGGUGUACAAUUAUGGCUGAAGUGCGCCUAAUAAUAAAUUUUCGGAGUAUAG